AUAUCGGAAAUAUACACGGAAAUGCAUCUUUCCUCGUUCGGUAGACGACCCAUCCAGAUUCCAGCAAGAUCGUAUGUGCAACAGUCUGGAAGGAAGGCUGCUAAAAUGUUGUAUGUGGAGACCACUCCAUUACAUGUCUCAUGCAAGUAGCAACCAUGGAAGAAACCAUGAUGUCUUCUACCCCAAGGAAGCGCCCAAAACUAAAACCCAAACCCAAUGUUAAACCUUCUCCUCCUCAUUCAGAUUCUUCGCUGAAGUCUCUGAUCGAACCCCCACACAAUUUAUUCCCCUCGAGGGACGAGUUCCUGAGGCUCAUGUCGGUGCUCGCCAUCGCAACCAUCGUCGCUUUAGCCUGCAACUUUUUGGCCACCAGUUUCAUCAACCGCCAAUCCAAGCCCUUCUGCGAUAAUCGUGACUUAGACUCCCCUGAUUCAGUCUCCGAUUUCUGUGAGCCUUGUCCAAGUAAUGGAGAAUGUUAUCAAGGGAAGUUGGAAUGUGUUCGUGGUUAUAGAAAGCAUGGGAGGUUAUGUGUAGAAGAUGGAGAUAUUAAUGAAACAGCUAAGAAACUUUCAGAGUGGAUAGAAAUCCGUCUUUGUGAAGCACAUGCUCAAUUUUUGUGUGAUGGAAUUGGAACAGUUUGGGUAAGAGAGGAUGAUUUAUGGAAAGAAUUAAAUGGACACGAGCUGAUGAAAAAUGUUGGCCUGGACAAUGCUACCUAUAUGUAUACAAAACAAAGGGCAAUGGACACUGUUGACAGAUUGUUGGAGACAAGGACCAAUCUUCAUGGGAUCAAAGAUUUGAAGUGCCCAGACUUGCUAGCAGAGAGUUUCAAGCCAUUUUCUUGUCGCAUUCGUCAGUGGUUCUCUGAGCACAUUCUUAUCAUUUUUCCAGUUUGUGCACUGGUUGUUGGAUGCACAUUGUUGCUUCUGAAAGUCCUUCGUAGACAAUAUCUAUCAAGGAGAGCUGAAGAGCUAUACCACCAGGUCUGUGAAGUACUUGAGGAAAACGCAUUGAUGUCAAAGAGAGUAAAUGGAGAAUGUGAUCCUUGGGUUGUUGCUUCUAGGUUACGAGAUCAUCUUCUUUUGCCAAGAGAGAGGAAGGACCCUGUGCUAUGGAAAAAGGUAGAAGAAUUGGUUCAGGAAGAUUCUCGGGUAGAUCGUUAUCCAAAGCUGGUGAAGGCUGAAUCAAAAGUAGUCUGGGAAUGGCAAGAUGUGGAUUUGGGAAGAAAUGACAAUCUUGGAUUGAUUACUGGUGCUCCCGUUAGCUUCUUCAGUAACUCUCAAAACUUGAGACAGGGUGAUUCACUCUCUCAGGCUUUAUGUUGCUCUCUGAGGGAUUGCUGUGCCUUAUGGAGCAAUAUCUUUGGCCAAGUUGGGUUGGCUUGGGUUAUGCCCAGAAGAAUAAUAGACCUCUACCAAUUGGAGAGGGUUAUAUGGCAUCUCACAAAUUGCAGCAGUAUGGAAGGAUACCUAUGUCUAUUGUGGUUUAUAUGGAGGGAAAGGAAUGAAAGAAAUUUUGAGGAUCACAGGCACUCAAUGGAAGAGCAUAAACUUUUUUCUUCAAGAUUUUACACCUUUGGAUAGCCUAUAUAGAUUUUAAUGGGCAUAGUCUUCACAAUUUUCUUGUGUUUUUUCCAAAAUUUUAUCGUAUCAUUUUCUACUCCUAGUUAGGUGUUUCUCUUAUAUACUUCCUGUGGUUCGCAUGUAUCUUUCUAGAGCUAACUGCAACUUAAUUGGGAUUGAGUCUUUGUCAACUUUAGUUUUCUCAGUUGAGAACCAAACAAAACCUGUUAUCUAUGAUUUGGAUUGUUCUCACCAUGCUGUUCUGUUCACACGUUCUCUAAAAUGAACAAAAUUUCCCCCCUUUUUCUUUUAAACUCUGCAGAACAGAUUAGCUGAUAGUUAAUUUAGCCUUUCUAGUUUCUUAGUAUCCGGGGGCCUAUAUUGACUAACUCUGAUGUUCUCAAUCACAUUUGAGUGUUCAAUUCCAUGCUAUCGUGACUUUUUGGAAUUCUACAUGUUUUUCUUAUUUUUCCGUGUCAUCUACAACUUUGACAUGUGCUCUGUCUCUCUCUCUCUCUCUCUUUUUUUUAAUUUUUUAUUUAUUUAUAGUUGAAGGCUCUUUAAGCUCUGCAAGGAUGAGAAAAAAAGUAGAGGCAAGCAAACUGAAG